AUGACUCAUUUGCAGGCAGGUCUGUCUCCAGAGACCCUGGAGAAGGCCCGAUUGGAACUGAAUGAGAACCCAGACACUCUGCACCAAGACAUCCAAGAAGUUCGGGACAUGGUGAUCACCCGACCAGACAUUGGCUUUCUACGCACAGAUGAUGCCUUUAUUCUUCGCUUCUUGCGGGCCAGAAAGUUCCAGCAUUUUGAAGCGUUUCGCUUGUUGGCCCAAUACUUUGAGUAUCGUCAGCAGAACCUUGAUAUGUUCAAGAGCUUCAAAGCCACUGAUCCAGGCAUCAAGCAAGCACUCAAGGAUGGCUUCCCAGGAGGGUUGGCCAACCUUGAUCAUUAUGGCAGGAAGAUCCUGGUGCUGUUUGCUGCCAACUGGGACCAAAGCAGAUACACACUGGUGGAUAUUUUACGUGCCAUCCUUCUUUCGUUAGAAGCUAUGAUCGAGGAUCCAGAACUUCAAGUAAAUGGAUUUGUUUUGAUUAUAGACUGGAGUAAUUUCACUUUCAAACAGGCUUCUAAGCUGACACCAAGUAUGCUUCGAUUAGCCAUAGAAGGCCUUCAGGACAGCUUCCCAGCUCGAUUUGGAGGAAUUCAUUUUGUCAAUCAGCCAUGGUACAUCCAUGCCCUUUAUACAGUUAUACGUCCAUUUUUAAAGGAGAAGACAAGGAAGAGGAUAUUUCUCCAUGGAAACAACCUCAACAGUCUACACCAGUUGAUUCAUCCUGAAAUUCUCCCUUCCGAAUUUGGAGGAAUGCUUCCACCUUACGACAUGGGCACAUGGGCAAGAACACUGCUAGAUCACGAGUAUGAUGAUGACAGUGAAUAUAGUGUGGACUCCUAUAACACGUCUGCAAAAGAAGUUGAAAAGGAGCUCUCACCCAAAUCCAUGAAGAGGUCUCAAUCUGUUGUGGACCCCGGAGUGCUCAAGCGCAUGGAUAAAAAUGAAGAAGAAAACAUGCAGCCAUUGCUUUCGCUUGACUAG